GUCUAGCGGUACGCAAUAUCAUAGCAAUUUUAUCUGUUUAUUGUUAGUGUUACUGUUUUUAUCUGUUUACCAUAUAUAUGAUGUUUAAUUGCUUAUUCCGGUAAAAUUAUGGACUCAAGCCUAGUUUAGCACAAAUGCGAAAACACAUUUGCGGUGUCCCAGACCAUCCUUGAUCCAACAUAUGUUAUCUUAAGCGGUAAUAAGCGAUUCUCUUGGAGAAAUUCUGUUUGUCCAGAAUCGUUGGUGUCGGACUUCCCUCACAUGUACAGGAACCGCUUUCAAGUUUCAUGAUCGGUGGUGCUGGUUGGCGUGCUUGCUAGGAGUGAAUUAGGACAUACUCACAACGCUGGUGCAGGAGACGCACAUGAUAUAUAUAUAGGAACUUUCCAGAUAGGAAGCACCAACACAGUCGUGCGGUUUUUUUCACAUCAACAGGAGUGAUGGCCAAGCAGGAGUCCGAAGGAUGCUGUAGUGUGGAUUUUCUCAAAUACAUUCUAUUUAUCUUCACAUUCUUCUUCCUGCUUGCAGGCAUUGCCGUGCUGGGCGUCGGCGUGUGGAGCGUGAUCGGCAACGAACGCUACAUCAGCCUACUGAGCAGUGGCGCCCUCGCGGCCACCGCCUACCUGCUCAUCGUCGCCGGCUGCCUCGUCAUCUGUCUCACCAUCGUCGGCUGCUGCGGCCUCAUUAGGAGUGACAGGUGCUGCAUCCUGGUGUUUGCGAUCUUUCUGAUCCUCGUUUUUGUGCUGGAGGCUGUUACCGGGAUACUUGCCUAUAUCUACAAGGACCAGUUGAGCAGUGAAAUCGUUGCUGACUUGAGGGAUAGUUUUGGAAAUAACUACAUGUAUGACAAGGACAUGACAGCGGCGAUUGACGAUCUUCAGGAGGAGUGGCUGUGCUGUGGAGCUGGAGACCCUAACGACUGGAGGACAAGUCGCUGGAUCAUGGAAAACAAGGGCACCGACGGCUUCAAUAACCUCGUUCCAGACAGCUGCUGCAAGACCGUGAUGAACACAUGUGGACAGAACGACCACCCGUCAAACAUUCACUCACCGGGUUGCGUCUUGGCGAUGGAGAACAAAGUCGAAAACAAUCUGGUGAUAGUGGGUGCUGUCGCUCUCGGAUUCUGUGCACUGCAGGUGAUUGGCAUUCUUUUCUCCUGCUGCCUCUAUAGGCAGUUGCGCAAGUCGGACAAGUACAACUACGAAUAGUUGAUCACAUGAGCUUACAUAAGACGGCUGACGCCAUAGAACCUGCAUUUGUCAUGAACAAGCAAGUGACCGAAUUCUGAGUGACAGUCCUGAAACAGUUUGCAGACAUCGGGGAUGGAGGAUUGUGUCGCCACCUGCUGGGAUGUUUAACUAAAUGUGAAAUAGUUAUCUUGCUACGAAAUAUUUGAGAUAGUGUUGAUUGUGGGAAAGUCAUGAGUAGUUGAAACAGUAAGCAUGUAAAUAUAUAGCAAUAUUUUUUACGUGUUAUUUCAUAUGUUAGUAAAGGACUGAACCAUGUGAAUUUGAUUUCUUGACGAAAGAACAUUGCAUUUGACUAUCUAUGAUUGACAUGGUUUUUAUUUUGAGUGCGGGAAAAAUCGUGAUAAGUCCAAGGACGGGAAAUUUAAAUCAAAAUACUAACUAUGUCACUGUUUUUAUGUGUUUUAUUUUCUACAUAAUUUGGCAGCUAGUUGACGUAAUGCAGCUUAUAUGUUUAUUUCAGAGUAUAAAUUGAGAUGUAUAUCUAAAUGUUAUUAUUCCUUUAUGUUGGUCGAAUUGUGUAAAUAAAUACAUCUUAUAAUGCAUUUAAUUUGUGUCAACAUUUAUUCCGUCUCACGCGUUAGGACGGAAGUAUGCAGCUUUUAAUAAUGCAAGGAUGAAUUAUUGUCCAAUGGCUCUCAAAUUUAGCAAAUGGAACCGCAUGUAAAAUAUUUUAUUUCUAUAGGUUUUUUUAUGCGCGAAUGCAUGAGUCAUGCUUUUUACAUUGUGUAAUCUAUCCAUGUCCCGAAGAUAGGGAUUGUAUUAAGUGCAAAUUGCUGCGUUGAUGUGAAUAUAUGGGUUUUAGACAUGCAGGAUAUCAAUCCAAUUUUGCAUGAUUUGUUGGUAUUAGUAUGUACUAGAGUGAAGGUAACUUCUAACUUCUAUUACGCUCCAAAAUAGGUGCCAGCAGAUGUGUAGUCGAUGUUUAUGUGUAGUGUUGAUGUGUGUGCGCGUGUGUGUGCGUUCGUGCGUACGUGUGUGUGUUUUUUUGUAUUAAUCCAAUAAUGUUCAUGAACGCUGCUUGGUUGUGAGCGUAUCUGUGUUUGUGACAGUGUUUUCCAUGCAUUCUAUACUCUGCGCUGGUGUGUUAUUAGUGACCACCAAGUAGAGCUGCAAUAGCAGCAGUAGCAGCAACGGAAUAAAAUUAUCUAGCAGCAUGUGAUCGUGAUUUUAUCUCAUUAGAGUUAAAUUUCGUGCCUACAGAUGUAACUACUGUUUAGCAGAUCUGCAAUUAAAAGUGAUCCAUUAUGUUGUAAUUUUUAGAUAUAUACCUCAAAUAAACUCAUUGAUGAUAUUACGU